UUCCAUCGGCUCCACCAUCUUCUCUUAGCUUGGCGUAGCUUCGUAGGCAGUGGAUCUCGACUUUACUCUCCCAGCUCGUCCAGACACGGGAGGUCGCCGACCACUUCCUCUUCGUCUCUCUCUCACUCUCUGCCAAGCUCUUCUGCAAACAUAAUCAGCACUCGUGCCUAUCACAUCACUCUUUUCCGGGCCGAAUACCCGAGUAUCCCAUAGUCCCGAUCCGUCACUCCGCUUCGCCAACGCAUCAUGGAGCCCGGUACCGAUCCUGACGCCGGCGCCAACCCGCGGCAGAGGGUGACCAAUGCCUGUGAAGCGUGCAGGGCAGCCAAGGUCAAGUGCCAGACCAGUGUGCAGCUGGGAAUAUGUCGAAGGUUUGUUGUGUGUGGCCACCCUUAAGCCGGGCGGUACUCCCCGAGCUGCCCCGGCGUAUAAGUCGAUCCGUCCGUAUGCUCACCAACCGACCAACCGACCCAGAUGUCUCGACUUCAAGAGAGAAUGCAUCUUCCGCACCGGGCCCAGGACCCGUCGUCCACGGCAGUCCAAGCAGAAUCAGGACACCCCUAGACCACCCCCUCCACCGGGGCCCUCAAAGACAUUCAGCAUCGACUUUGAGAUGCCCCAAGCAGAAGAAGCCGACGACCUUGAAACCCUCGCCGCGCGCCACGACAAGUACUUGGAGGAAUUUCUGCCUCCAGAGUCCGACCUAGAGUCCAUAGACAUGAUGUUCGGCCUCGACGCCGGCUCCGGCAGCGGUCCCCACUCGGCCAUCUCGUCUCCACCGUCCUCGGGCCCGUCCGUCUCGGUAUCGAGCUUCGGUCUCAAACCGCAGUUCAACCUAGACUCGGCCGAAAAGCUGCUGUCGACCUUCCGCGUCAUGCUCAAGCAUUUCCCAUGCGUGGCACUUCCGCCCGACGCAACAGUCACGUCCUUGUCAAAGACGAAACCGUUCAUGCUCCUCGCCAUUCUAUCGACGGCGUCUGCUACUAGUGCAUUGCAGGGUCACACCCUCUACGAUGAAGAGUUCCGCAAGAUCCUCGGUCUCAAGUUCGUGGCCGGCGGCGAGCGGACGCUGGAGCUCCUCCAAGGCCUGCUCAUUUACACUGCAUGGUACCCCUUUCAUCUCCGCCCAAAGAACAAGCAAGCCUUCCAAUAUGUGCGCAUGGCGGCCGAGAUCCUCCACGAUCUCGAGCUGAACCAUCCACCUCAAGGCGUAGGCUCACAAGCUGGUUGUGGGGCGGCGUCAUCGUCGUCGUCGUUCUCUACGCCAGAUCAAAUGGACGGUAUCCGUGCCUACAUGUCCUGCUACUAUCUGGUCUCAGCGCACGUACUGCCCUUUCUGCAGUAUUUCCGCCGCACGACUCUGACCGAUGCUAGAUUCGCAAUGGCCUGGGCCAAGAUGGCGAUCCUGGCCCUCGACUACACAUCGUGGACGGCCACCUGCUGCGAUCUGCUCGAGCACAACUCUGCGCUCAAGGGAGACCACACUCUCGCGUGGCUCGCUAGGCUGGUUCACAUUACCGAGGAAUCGGCUGCCAUCUCAAAGACUAUCCCACAAGGGGAGCAGGCGAAGCAGCAGGUUCAUUUCAUGUUUCUCGGGCUCGAGAGCCAGCUGAGGGAGUGGCAAGGCCGUAUACCAAGCAGCCUCGGCGACAUCAACUCCCUUACGCUAGCAAAUCUCUUCACCGAAAUGUUCCUCCUCGCUGGGCCGAUCUACACCCUCCGCUCAACAGCAAAAAUAGGCGACAGCGACCUUGGCCCUCCCAUCCCCGGCCCCCGCCUCGACAAAUGCCUAACCCUCCUCCGCACCCUCUUCGACUUCAUGACCAACCUCCCCGCCGCCGCCUUUGUCGAGCUCAGCUCCAUCGACUGGGGCCGCUUCAUCCAGGCCGUCAUCCUCGCCAUCCGCCUCUCUUUCCCGAUGCCGCUCUGUCCGGAGUGGGAUCACGCCCGCGCCCGCGAGCAGCUGCAGUUCGACUCGUAUCUCGCCCGCCUGUGCGCCAACAGCGAGGCUCUGACGUUGACGCCCGCGACGAAGAGUACCAUGGACGUCUUGUCGGCUGGAAAGGUUGUCUUUGCGGUCGUUAAGCGUAAGUACGAGGCUCGCGUCGCCAAUAUCGAGACGCCAGUGAAUAAGUUGCCGCGGACGAUUCGCGGGUGUCCGAUGUUUGACGGGAGUCUGGAUCAGUAUUUCCCGAUUUGGGACCAGGAUCUGAGUAGGGAUGGCACGCAUGGGCUAGUCACACCGGCGCCGAAUGGGACGCCUGUGAUGGUGAAUGGACAGCCUGUUUAUAAUGACCUGUGGGCAACGAUGGCCAUGAAUUGGCCUGAUGGAAUGGCUGGUGCCGCUACACCGGGGUUUGAUUUGGGACAGGUCCAGGAUCCGACGAUGAACCUCGAUCCCUCGUUUCAGGGGGUCAUGAAUCUUGGGCCUUCCCCUAGUGGUAGCGGGUAGUGGGUUUAAUUGGUUCGCAGCAUUCGGCGCUCGAUUUGCUACUAGUGUUCUAUUGAGCAGCGACAGCGAACCUUUUGCUUUGAAAUUGGCGUUUAGUUCCGGGUCUCUUUUUUUUUUUUUAGAAGGCGGGCGAGAUGUUAGCUUCAUCAUUGAUUUCGGAGUACGGGGUGUUACAAUCUGGUAGAAGAAUAUCAUCACUAUUGCUUCUAGAUUGUCAUC